UCAAAAAUACCAAUCUAAAUAUGUUUUCGAAUAAUGUCAUUAUUAGAUCACAAAUCAUAAAAACAAAAUAAAAUUAAAAGCUGUAAUACAUUCGAGUAAAAUACCGUGAGCUGGAAGAAACAAUAUGAGGAGAUGUCUAGAUAUUAUCUGCUUAUGAUAACCGGCUUUCUGUUUAUAAUCUUUCCACUACUAACUGGAUCCAUUCUACUCGAAACGCAAAUGGGACAGGAUACAAAUCAAGAGGCGUUAACACAUAAAGAGACUUCGACAUGGUCGAGAAUGGAGGAUGGGGACGAUGAGGUUCCAUACCAUGCCCACAGGCUCUGUGAAGGAUAUUUGGAUCUUCUAAAGUUUGGGGACGGUGCGGUCCAGAGGAAAGCAAAGAUGGCCUCGUCGUCCCCAAAUGCAAAGUAUAUAGGUCCAAUUAGUGCCUUACUAAUAAAAUCGGAAAAUAAGGAGAAGGGAUCUGUAAAUCCUCCGGUUAUCAAGUAUGAUGCCACCGAUGAUCGAAGCGAGGCAAGGUCACAGUGCAUGGCCCGGCGGCCUUUAAAAAGAAGGAAAAGAUCAAAGCGAUCGAAAAGGUUAUUGAGAGCUCCGAUAGGAAACCCUCCGAUGACCUCAAAAAAUUCAAAUGGAUAGAGAAAAAACAAAAUUGACUUGAAGAACUCUAAAGAAAAAGCUGUGGAAAAGACACUCUCGGAAGGGCACAAGAUUGACCUAAAGAAGCUCAAAGAAAAACCCCAAGGAAAAGCCUCUGUGACUUCACCAAAAUGGAAUAAGCCAAUCAAAGGUCUCAAGAUGGGACCAUUGAAUAAACCGCUUCCACAGGAUAUCAAAAUCCAGCGAAUUAUUGAACUUAAUCGCAUAUACAACGAUUAUCUGAAAGCCUGGCAACAGCCAUAUCCAAAUCAAAUUUACCAAAAUAGUGCACCUACCAGAACAUUUAGCUUUUCAGGCUUAAAGCUAAGUGCUCUUAAUGAUUUAAUUAAUGUUCUUGAGCACUUCCAGCAAGGUAAUUUGGUAAAAGACUUGGCCAAACAAAUCAGUCAGGAAAUGGAACCCAAUCUGCCAAAGCAAAUCAAUCAAGAUGCCCAACUAGUGUCGGAAAGUAGAGCCUCUCUGAAAGGUAUUAUCAAAAAUGAUCUUUCCGGUUUGUUUGAUGUGAAGGCUACCAAUGCCUCUUCCGCGUUUAAGAAUAUCUUGGCUGACUUAAAGUCAAGGAAAUCUCAGAUCAAGGCUGGAAAACUUUACGACGAGUACAAGAAGGGUUUCUAUAGGAUAUUAAGUGAUCACAAACAUCCCAGGCAAUUGGAUGUCGUAAAGGCGAAUAGGAAUCCGACCAAAAUAAAUGAACAUCCGCUGGAAGGUUAUAUUAAGACCAAGAGCUAUUUGAAGGCGCUACAAGCCUUUGUUAAAAUGAAUAAGGAGAGUAGUCGAAAUGGCGGCUCAAAGCCCUAUUAUAUACCAAUGGCCAAAAGCCGUCAGCUUGUGCAUAAUGAUAUUCCCUUGAUUAAGCCAGGUGUUUCCGAGGCUCCUAAAAAGUCAUACAACAAAGAAAAUUAUGUCUUUGAAAAGGAAAAACCUGGCGAAUACAAUAGCAAAGACUUUAUUGAACAGGAUACUACCAAUUUUAAAAAGCCUGCGCAAAAUACAGACUCCAAAGAGUGUAUUAGUCCCUGGAAGGACUGGUAUUCCGGAGUAGAUUCCAAGAAUAUUAAUAAAGACUUUCCCAAACAAGAGACUACCAAUCUGAAGAAGCCUGUUCAAAAAAUUUCCCCAAAGAGCCAUUUAUUACCAGUAAGGACAUAUUCCGAAGAGUAUUCAAAGCAAAUUAGCAAUGGUGUUAAGGCCAUUAAGAAUGCCUCAUUCUUCAACUUGCUAGAGGAGUAUCAGAAGCAAGUCGAGAGCCUUAAUGAGGCCUUGAAGAACAAGCAGAACUGGUGGAAGGAUGCCAAGGACAAUGAGAAUUCACCUUGCCCCAGGGCACUAAAAAGGAAUACACCACCUUUGCCAUGGACCCCGAAGAGGAAUACUAAUAUGAAUAAUCUAGGAACAGUGCCCUUUCCCGAGGUUCUCGUCAAUCAAGCUCAACAAAUUCCGGCAAAUGUCCUGGGCAAUAUGGCCAGCCAAUUGAAUGUAUCGCCCAUCGAGAUGGCUCGAAGGAUUGUGGGUGUGGGUCAAGCUGCUCCAGCUGUUUAUCCCCGACUGACAGUACCCCAGUGUCAAUCAGCAAGCCAGCUCGGAUGUGGCACUAUUCCAAAAUGCCCCGAAAUUCCAAACCCAGCCACAUGUCAAACGCAGGAUAGCCAGCAGCAGCCAGUUGAGAUUUCCCCCGUUCUAGACAAGAUCCUGCAGCGUUUGGAGUCCAUUCAGGCCACCAAAUGCAAUAAAUCGACGGAGGAGGAGGAGAACCUGCCCUGCUGUUUUGUCGACCCCGCUGAUGGUGCACCCUGCGACAUUAAUGGCUCCUGGGAGUCCCUAGUCCUUGGUAUCCGCAUCAAUAUCAAAUCCCCAAAUCCAGCCUUGCAGGAGGAUAAGCCGGUGCCCAUCUGCUGUCAACCCAAAACCGGACGUGCCAAGUUCGUUGAUCACCGUCAUGAACGCAGUCGGCGUCAGUGCGUCAAGAAGGAUCCCGUGAAGUUGAAGAAAAUUGCCGACGCGGCGAACCCGAAGACUACGGGUAUUCCGUUGAAUGUCAGUGUACAGGAAACCGUACCGCCGCGAGAUCAUGAUCUUCUUGACAAUCUCACCGACUGGCAUUUCGCGGGAACGGCUCAAAUGAUCCUCGGCGGACCCAUUUCCCUAUCCUUUCGCAAAAAUAACUCCAAUCUGAUUGGACACUUUGUGGGUUAUUGUCGCAAUUGUGGUUGCUUGGAUACCAUUUUUGGUUCCUGGACAUUCUGUCAGCCUUCACGGGACUGCCAGGACAUCUUCAUGUCAAUUGUGGAUCGGCGGGAUAUGUUGAGGCGAUACAACAUGGACGAGCGACGGAAGAACAGGUACAAGGAGCAACUUUUCUUGGGUAGUAAAUUUGCUAAAAUGGAGGCGAUGCGGUUGCGCAAAGAGCAAAAGAAAAUUGAGAAGCAUCACCCUCAAGGACAUUAUGAUACGGGCGCCAAGGGUUAGACUGGGAUCUAGGAAGUUUAUUUUAUUUUAUCCUAUAUUUAAUUCUUUGCGUUGGUCUUUUGAUUUUAAGAGAGUUUAGUAUGAUUUUGGAAAAUUAUUAAAAGCUACUUUAUAUAUUUUUGAA